AUGCUGCCGGAAGUGGACUGCGGACUUGAUAGCCUAGUGGGGUUCAGUACUCCGAGCCCAGAACCAAAGGUCAAAUGCAGCAAAGUACGCCCGUGUGACAACUGCGUUCGACUUGGGGUUGAGUGCACAUUCCCGCCGCCUGGACGCAAGCCCCGAAAAAUAUCGAAAAAGCCAAAGAAUGCCGAUCUCUUCUCUCGAUUGAGCUUCCUGGAGCGGCAAGUUCAAGAUCUUAGCGCAUCAAAUGUUGUCUUUAUCCCUUCAAAGUCCCACCUGAAGGGGCUGGUCGAUCAGCAGAGUCCAGAUCGUAAUCACAAUUUUCAAUCAUCGCCUGCAGAACAUCACCCUUCAGAUCUGGAAAGGCGCAGUGCACAGACGGUACAGACGCAAAAUGAGGCUCAUAAUGAGGAGCCUGGUGCUGCAAGUUCCCCGUCUGCGACAAAUACCCUGACACAUCAAUUCGGCCAGCUGUUCAUGGAUCGGAACAGCGGACAAUCCCAAUAUGUUAGUAAUGAUGUUCUAACAGAUCUGGGUAGUCAGAUCAAAGAGCUCAGGGGCCUUUUUGAAUCUGUUCCCUCGCCGAAUCCAUCCCUCUCAUCCACUGAAGACCAUUUAUCGCCUACUUUGACCCCGUCUUCCGACAACAGUAACUUGUUCCUGUUUGGAUACUAUGCUCAGGCUCAUUCCUUACGAAGCUAUCACCCGACUCCGACAGACGCAUAUGUCCUAUUGGAUAUUUUCGCACAAAAUAUUGCCCCAUUAAUUUUGAUUGUUCAUAAGCCGAUCCUGAGAAGCCUCAUUCACACUGCAUGCACGGCUCCCGAACAACUUGACCGAGGCUCUGAGGCUUUGACAUUUGCCGUUUAUUUCGCCGCCGUGUCCAGUAUAACGCGAGAGCAAUGCCUGACGUACUUUUCAACCGACCACGAUAUUCUAGUCCAACGAUAUCGCUUCGCCGUCGAGCAGGCGCUGUCGCGUGCUGGUUUUAUAAACACCAAGAAGCUCAUAGUUGUCCAAGCGGCCGUUCUCUUUUUGACAUGCGCCUGCCACCCCAAGGAUGGGAGAUUCGUCUGGACGAUGAUCGGUUUAAUCACUCGACUUGGUCUAGGCCUUGGGCUCCAUCGCGAUGGCGGUCAUUUUGGAUUGAGUCCGUUCGAGACGGAAAUGCGUCGGCGGCUCUGGUGGUAUAUUUAUUUGUUAGAUGUUCAAGCAUCUGAAUAUCAGGCGACGAGCCCGCAGAUCCGGGAAGGCGAUUACGAUACACAACUGCCAUCGAAUCUUAACGAUAGUGAUUGGUCCCUUGAUUUGGAAAACCCUCCGCAAGAGCGGACUGGCUUUACAGACAUGACUCUCACCUUGGUUCGCUGUCGGAUCUUGAUGGCCCAUUGCAAGCUCAUGCAAAUGAAAAAUUCGACCGAGGGUGACCAUGCGCUCCUUUUUAAAAAUCGCAAUGGAGCAAUCGACGAGCUUCGGACGACACUGGAUCUCCAAUAUCUCCAAUACUGCGACGUCCAAAUUCCAAUCCACUGGGUGGUUGCAACCAUCGCACGGGUUGCCGUUUCACGACUGUGGCUUGUUUCUCAUUUCUCGCUGCUGAAUUCCCCGGGAUUUGACCCGAACUUGUUGCCCGACCAGUGUGAUAUUCUGGUCAGAACUGCUAUUGAAGUCCUCGAAUUCGUCUACCUGCUGGAGACCCACCCGAAGACAAAGCAAUGGACUUGGCUCUUUCAAGGGCACGCGCAGUGGCAAUCGUUUGCUUUCGUUUUGUCGGAGCUUUGUGCACGGCCCACCUCUCCUUUGUCCGGUCGUGCAUGGGCCGCCGUGAUGAAAGUUUUCGAGCGAUGGAAACAGCCUGGAUAUGAAAAAGAAGGCCUGAUCAUGCGAAUUUUAGAACGUCUGAUGAAUCGUGCUGCUUCAAUUAGAGACCAGGUUCGGGCGCUCACGGUGCCAUUGGUGCUUGAAUUCAAUCCACCGAGCUCAAGCAAUGUGGAUUUGCCUGCAAACCUUGAGACUGAAUAUCCGACAUCGGUCGCUCCUCCAAACACCAACGGUCUGGAUAUUUUCAGAGAUGUGUUGUCCAACGUGGACCUUUACCAGUGGGGGUUAAAGUGA